AUGGUGGGAAAUGAUAACUACAUCAAGAGCUACCACGAUGCCAUCCUCGACACCAGCAAUCAGACAGCGGCGAUCGCCCCUUCCCGCUUCUCCUCAAUCGCGUCCAUUUUUCCCUGCUACUCCGUUGAGGAGGUCAUCACCGUCUACGAAGAUACCGACCUCUACAAGUCAUGGCUCCAAGGAGUGAACGUGGUGUACAGGAGAAGGAACUUGAGGAGCAGUGGGCCAGGAGGUCUGACCCUCCCCUACGUCCCCAUGGCCAAUUUUCUUUUGGAGAGCUCCCCUUUAUUCUUGUGA